AUGCCCCCUAAGUGUGUUUCAGAAAAUCAGGAAGGGUCGCCUAAUCCUCAAGAUGAUGAAAGUGUUGAGGAUGACCUCCGUUGUCAGAUUUUGGAUUUAAAACGGAAAUUAACAAUUUCCGAGGAAACAAGGGAGAGAACUCUUCAGGAAUCUAUAAGGGAACGGAAUAUGGUGAUUGACCUUUCUCAAGAGCAAAUUGAUAGAAUAAGUUCACAAAGGAGAAAAGGGCAUGAUAUACCGAUGCCACGAAAAUUGCUAAACUGUACCAGAAAAGUGGAAGAAGGGAGAAGAACAAAUAAAGAUCUCAACCAGGCAUCUCAAAAGAAGCAGAAUAUGGUCAUCAUGAAAUGGUCUAGAGACAUUAUAAAUCAUUUCUGGUUCUCCUGUCAAAAGGCUGAGAGCAGUGGCCUUUGGAGAAGUGUUCUUCACCAUAUUACCAACAAACAUGAAUGGAUAAUUCCCCACCGAAGAUUGUACCAAUGCCUUCAUGAUCCUCUGGGAGAAGAUGAAUCAAGAAGCAAACCAUGGCUUCAUCCUGAAAAAGACAGUCAUGUUCUCAAAAAACUGGCUAACAUUGUUUUGGACAAGAGACUAUUGAAAAAUGUGGAGCACUUCUUAAAUUUCAGGAGCACUGCAGAACUAGAGGGGUUCCAUCAACACAUACUGAUGUACUGUGCUAAACGUUUUGCAUAUACACCACCCGUAUACAGGGCAAGGAACCUGCUGGCUGCACUGGACCACAACAAAAAUGCAAACAGGGGUGAAAUGAAAACAAGGAUGAAUCUACAAGGUAUAUUUAAUAUUCAACAAUUUUCAUGUCGGCUUUUUUGAAGAAAUAAAUUUGAGUUAUUUCAACAGUCAUCUCAUCCUUUGCUGU